AUGGCUGCGUUUCCAGCUGUUCUAGCCCAAGCCACCAUCCAUAAGUCCGAUAGCCUCUCGUCUCGCCCUGGCCGGUGCCCUGUGCUGUUCCAUAACUCACGCUGUCUUCAGUCCAGUCGAUGUUCGAUCGAUAUCAUUGGAUUCGAAAAGGAAGACAAAACUGCACUGCGGUAUUUUUCAAAUCUGCCGCCUGCGUCGAAUGCUGCUCCGCGAUUACUCUUUGCCCUGCAGAGGCCACCAGUGUCUAAACCCGCAAGGGUGUCCAUAAUCAACAAAACGAAGGGGAUGCCCGGCGAAGGUACUGUCUCCUGUGUAUCUAAGAUUGAAGGCGAGUUUGGAUUCCGUGGCUCUUUUGCCGAACUUCCAGUGCGUCUUUCCAUAGCGGCUGACUCACUGCUGGUACUGCCAAUUACAUGGAGAUCGCAAGGUAAAUGGCGCAUGAAAAUGUUUCAAAAUGUCAUGGAUAAGGUUGUUACACUUUCACCAACAACCGCUCCUGUCUUGGCCUCACAACUCCAUAGUUGUAUCCAACCAACGAUCUUGGCUUGGCUUCCUUCCACGAUAACGAAGGAUGCGUGCCUCCUAAAUCUUCCUCGCAAUGGGCAGAUGGUGGUCAAGGACGCCAAGUUGAGAGACGAACUGGCCCAGGAACACAACCUGCUGUGCUUUGAGAUGGAGGCGACGGGAGCUCUUGCUGGCUUUCCUUCAAAAGAAAUUCGCAGAAUCUUUAUUCGAGGUCGUGUAGGCGUCGGAAAGACUACCUUUCGUAAGAAGAUUGUCGACGAGUUUCUCUAUCAGCAGAGAUGGAAUGACAUAUUCGAUCGCCUACUCUGGAUACCCUUGCGGCACCUGAGGGAGCGAACAGGAGCUCAUGGAUAUACUUUCGAACAUCUCUUCUGCGAUCUGUACUUUCCUAAAGAAUGUGGUAGAGAUUCCUCCAAAGCGCUAUGGAAGGCUUGUAAACUACCAAAUGGUCUCAAGAGCCUCUUUCUCCUCGACGGCUUAGAUGGGAUCUUAUACGACAUCUCAAGUCACAGCGACACGCACCGGUUCCUCAAAUAUCUCAUGGACCAACCGAAUGUUAUCGUCACAGCUCGGCCCUCUACUGCAGUUUCUGCAACCUUCUUGCCUUUCGACAUUGAGUUGGAGACCAUCGGAUUUGGUUCGGAUCAAGUCGAUACAUACGUCCAGAAAGUCGAACCUGAGAGGGCCGAUGCUAUCCGGUCUUAUGUUGAUUAUGACCCUCUUGUUGGGGACCUUAUCCGAAUUCCUAUUCAGUUGGAUGUACUGUGUUAUUCCUGGGGAGAUAUGACUGAAGAGGUACCAGAGACCAUGACCGACCUCUACCGAGCUAUAGAAAAAAGCCUCUGGAGAAAAGACAUCCUGCGGUUAGAGAAGAAAGUAGACGGGCAGCUUGUAACUAAGACAGACCUUGGUCACCCUGAUUGCGCCAGAGAUCUCGUACAAGAUGAGGCGUCUUUCCUCGAAUAUUUUGUUUUUACUGGGAUGUGCAACGGCGUUGUGGUCUUUGACGCCUCCUUCCGAAGUGCCGUGUCUAAGCAGAUGCAUCCUGGGACGAUGAUCGAACGUACGCUCUCCAUAGUAUCCUACCUUCGGUCAUCGGACCCCUCGGUUUCGGCAAAGAGUCGAACUUAUAAUUUUCUUCAUCUUACUCUGGAAGAAACGCACAAACCUUACCACCAAUCACUCGCGGUCGCCUCAUACGAAAAGGACGAAAUGGAAACCAGAGAAUUCUUCGCAAAAUAUGAGUACUCGGUGCGGUACGUUAUUGUAUGGCGCUUUGCUGUCGGCUUACUGAGCUCGGAAGCCGCAGAAGCCGAGACGGAGACUGUGGCAUUCUUUGAGGCACUCAGUUCGGAGCCACUCGAUCCCCUGAGCCCAUCACAUCAGAGGCUGACGAUACAUUAUUUGAGCGAGUUGCCGUCUUCUAACGUUUUGGGGUUGUGGAGUUGUGGCGGCAUAUACUGGAAAAAGCGUAUAUCUGUAUGGCUGGAUUUCCAGAUCAAGACAAGCAAAAGACCAAUCGCAGCCAGUCUCGUGGAAGAGAUAGAAUUCCCACCCAUGGCUAUUGACCAAUCGAAUCUCCCGUCAGAGGCUGCCGGCGCCGCAAUAGCAAGUCUUGAUGGCUCGUCUUCGAACAUUAGGCACGCAGUCGUUGAGACACUGAGCCGCCAAAUCAACCUACGUCUAGAGGCUGCUAAUGCCGUUGUCCUAUGUCACGAUGACCAUGACCCAGAUGUCAGACGAGCUGCCGCUUACGCCUUGUGGGACAGUCUGCCACUGCGGCUUUGUCUGGCCAGUCAAGUCAACCUCCAGAGGCCGUUGACAGCUCUUCGAAACCUUUUGACGACGAAGAAAAACACAGAAUUUCGGCGGACUGUUAUCAAGAGCUCGGAUGACCGAUCAGUAUUACCACCACACAUUGAUGACAGUAUUAUGGCACACCUUGACAAUCAAGACGUACAUACUAAAAAAGCUGUCUUUGAAGCGCUGUGUAUUCAACAGGACCUACCAAAAGACGCCAUUGACAGAAUCGUGGCUUACCUUGACGAUCAAGAAGCACAUACCAGAGAAGGUGCUGUUAAAGUCUCGCGUAGUCAACGCCACCCACCACAAGACGCUAUCAAUGGUAUAUUGGUAUGUUUUAAUGAUACAGAUGGUAGAGUCAGGCGGACUGCCGUCAGAGCACUGGGCAGCCCUUCUUUUUCAAAUCAACGGCCAAAGGCUGCCAGUACACUCAAAGCACUUUUUGACAAUAAAGAUGCUGAUGUUAGACGGGCUGCCGUUGAGACCCAAAGCAGUUGCUCAUUUUCAAGCAAACGGCCAGAGACUGUCAGUGCUCUUGUGGCACAUCUCGAAAACAAAAACGGUGGUAUUAGGCGGGCAGCCAACGAGGCCUUGCAUAAUCUUUUGGUUCUAAACCAAAAAGUUGGAAAUUGA